AUGGAUACAUUUCCUAAAUGGGAAGCAAUAACAAAAACGGAAGUGGACGAGAAUUAUAUCAAAACUUUGGAAAAUAAAUUGCGAAAGUUACGCAAAGACGAAGCGCAGUUAAAUUCCAAAGAUAUAUUGAAUGAUUUGAAAAGUUAUCGAGAAGAUAAGCUUUUCCAUUUGUUGACAAAAUCAGAGCAUUGCUUCGAAGACAACUUUGCUGAUCAUCCAGUUGUAGUUUCAUAUUUACGACGCAAAUUGGCACCGCAAACAGUUGCUUUAUAUUACAGUGAACUUACUGCUUUACUUGAGGCCGAUGAGGUAGCACUGAAAAAUUCAGGAACAAGUGAAGAAGUAACUCCAGCAAAGACAUCGAUCCCAAAUACCGCCGAAGAAUCCAAGCUGGUCGCGUACCAGGAAUAUCAUUUAAACAAAUAG